AUGCUACCUCUGCUUUUUCUAACACUAUUCUCCACUAGCGUAUCAUCGUCCCAUAACAACCGACCGUCAUCAGCCAUACGAUUCAGAUUGUCACGAGGUGUCGCGGCGGAGAGGCUGGUUCUGAAGCAGGCAGACGCACCGUUUAAACUCACACUGUUUGCGGACUUGCAUUUUGGGGAGAACGCGUGGAUGAAUUGGGGCCCACUUCAAGAUGUCAAGUUCAUCCAGGUCAUGAACUCGGUGCUCGACAGUGAAACUCCUUGUGAGAAUGGUUUCCGUAAACGAAGUGCAGAUGUUUCAGAGUGCGUGCUCGCGUCUGAAGCAAGAUCUAAGAAAGACUUAGCAUGGCAUGAUGUUGCAAUGUGUCGCAACUUCAGAUAUUCGAGGGCUGGCGAACUUGAAGUUCUUGUACGAUAUGUUGGUUUUGGCAAGGUGGAGGAUGAGUGGGUGAAUGUGAAAAACGAGAUGCGAGAGAGAUCUAUCCCAUUGGAACCUUCUGAGUGUCCCAAGGUGAAGGAUGGAGAUCUUGUACUAUGUUUCCUGGAAAGGGGUGAUUAUGGCCUCUACUUUGAUGCUCGUGUAGUAAGAAUCCAGAGGAGGCUACACGAUGCGACAGAUUGCAAGUGCAUCUUCACUGUUCGGUUUCUCCAUGACAACUCUGAGGAAGAAAUUCAUUGGAAAGGGGUAUGCUAUAGGCCUACACAAGGCAAUUCUACACAAGAGAAGCAUGUUGUCUUUCAUAACUCCCCAAAACCUACACAAGAGAAAUCUAAUGUCGCCCAUAACUCCCCAGGACCAACCAUAGAACCGAGCCUAAGUGACAUCGAGAACUUGUGGCCAUGA